AUGCUGAUGGUGGGUAGUGGUGCUUGUUUGUGGAGGGAGAUGAAGGUGGAAGCGAGAGAGAGAGCGGGGGAUGUUUUUGUUUUUGCAAAGGCAGAGAAUUUUGUGUGCGUGGGAGAUUAUAGGCGAGCUUGUCCCUUUAUCGACGCUGAUUCACUGUCAUCGGACGGUUUGCUCCGUUCCUACCUGGACGAUGCCGAGUACUUUGGCCAAGUCAUUGACGAUAUUGCUCGAGAGUUACUCGCCUACGCCGAAGGAGACGAAGACCGGACCUUUACCAUCUGGCGCCCCUUAGUCGAGGACAGGAACCUUGUCGCCGAGAUGCUCGGCAAUGGCUUGCUCGAUGCCAUCCUGGAAGAGAUUGUCACUCGUUACAUAUCUUCUCCUUGCACCCUCGGAGCUGGACGCUACACUUACAUCCUGGCUGUCGUUGCUGCCAUGAAGGUUGGCGCGAUCAUUGCCCCUGUUCACUUCGAAUUCGCCAAGGCAUUCACCCCACACCUCGUCUCCCCCUUUCACCAACUUCAAGUCCUUACCGCCUGCGAGGAAUACAAGAACAACGGCAAACGCUGGGUCUUUGAAGCCAUGUACGCGAGAACGAUCUCACGCCACAGAACACGGAGUCCAAGAGGAGAUCCCAGACUUGGAAACGGUCUUGGACACUCAGUCGACGAACUUCCAACCAGACAUUGCUGCAGCAAGACGUGCAUCACCUGCGGGAGCCCGAAGCCCCGUAUGGUCUGCAAAGGCUGCAGAAUCUUUCGGUACUGCAGUAAGGGCUGCCUUGAGCACGACAGGAAGCUUCACAAAGAGACUUGCCCUGCGCGGCCAUACGAUGGCUCCUUCGGUGCGCAGUGGUACAUGGAAUGA